GGGCGGACACAGCCUAAACCUGUGGCGGGAGUUGGAGGUUCUGCAGCGAAUAUACCAGUUUUCGGCAGACACAACAUCUUUGUUUGUAUGUGGUGCUGAGGAUCGAACCCGGGACGAUCACCCGCCAGGCGACGGCGCUACCGCGUGAGCCACAUCCCCAGCCCCAUUUGUAACUUUUUUUAUGGAUCAUCAUGCCUAAAGUUCAGAACAUAAAAAAGUGUCAUAAUCCUCAGAUUUCUUCCUUAACAAAUGAAUCCUAUCAACAACUGGAUUUUUUGCCUGAGAAACUAAGAACAAAACUGUUUCCAUUCCAGAAAGAUGGCAUCACUUUUGCCCUCGGAAGACAGGGCAGGUGUAUGGUGGCUGAUGAAAUGGGUCUAGGAAAGACAAUCCAGGCCAUUGCAAUUGCUUACUUCUAUAAAGAGGAGUGGCCUCUUUUAAUUGUGGUGCCUUCAUCCCUGAGGUGCUCCUGGACAGAAGAAAUAGAGAAGUGGAUUCCAGAGUUAGAACCUGAAGAAAUCAAUGUUAUUCAGAAUAAAACUGAUGUUGGGAGAAUAUCGACCAGCAAAGUGACAGUUCUGGGUUAUGGUCUUUUAACCACAGAUGCAUUGACUUUGAUAGAUGCACUGAAUAAUCAGAACUUUAAAGUAGUUAUAGUGGAUGAAUCACACUACAUGAAGUCCAGAACAGCAACCCGCACCAAGAUUUUAUUGCCAGUGGUACAGAAAUCAAGACGAGCCAUUCUUCUUACAGGAACUCCAGCUUUGGGAAGGCCUGAAGAGCUUUUCAUGCAGAUUGAAGCUCUUUUUCCACAAAAAUUUGGAACAUGGACUGACUAUGCCAAAAGAUACUGUAAUGCACGUAUCAGAUAUUUUGGUAAAAGACCUCAGUGGGAUUAUAGAGGGGCAUCAAAUCUUAAGGAACUUCACCAUCUAUUAAAUGACAUAAUGAUUAGAAGAUUAAAGACUGAAGUUUUAACCCAGCUGCCCCCUAAAAUCAGACAGCAUAUUCCAUUUGAUCUUCCCGACAAAGCAGCCAAGGAUUUGAAUACCAGUUUGGAAGAAUGGAAAAGAUUAAUGAGAUCUCCAAAUCCAGGUGGCACAGAGACUGUUCUGGGCUUGAUUACUCGCAUAUUUAAACAGACUGCUAUUGCCAAGGCAGGUGCAGUAAAGGAUUAUAUUAAGAUGAUACUUCAGAAUGAUUCACUUAAGUUUCUGGUUUUUGCUCACCAUUUAAGCAUGCUCCAAGCUUGCACAGAAGCAGUCAUUGAAAACAAGACUCGCUACAUUAGGAUAGAUGGAAGUGUUCCAUCUUCAGAAAGGAUACAUCUGGUUAAUCAAUUUCAAAAUGAUCCUGAUACUCGUGUGGCUAUUCUAAGCAUUCAGGCUGCUGGUCAGGGUUUAACAUUUACUGCUGCAAGUCAUGUUGUAUUUGCUGAGUUGUACUGGGACCCUGGACAUAUAAAACAAGCAGAAGACCGUGCUCACCGAAUUGGACAGUGCAGUUCUGUGACUAUUCACUACCUUAUUGCAAAUGGGACUCUGGACACCCUUAUGUGGGGAAUGCUGAAUCGAAAGGUGCGGGUCACUGGGAGCACAUUAAAUGGUAGGCAGGAACAGCUUCAGGCUGAAGAAGAUGAUAAGGAAAAAUGGGAUUUCCUGCAUUUUGCUGAAGCAUGGACUCCAAAUGACAAUUUUGAAGAGCUCAGGAAGGAAGUUUUGUUCACUCAUUUUGAAAAAGAAAAACAGCAUGAUAUUCAAUCAUUCUUUUUACCAAAACCUAAAAAGAGACAAUUGGAGACCUCCUGUGAUGAAUCAAGGAUAUUUCAGGAGAAAAAUACUAUAGUGGCAUCGAGGGAUAUCAUUGAUUCUGAACAUAAUUUUGAACCUGAAACUAAAAGAUUGAAAUCAGUCACCACCCAUGACUGCAACAGCCUACCAGAGGAGAAACCAUCCAGGCCUGGACAAACCAAAGACAAUUUCAUGGAACAUGUCCAUAAGGCCAAGUCCCUGACAACCAUCCCAACCCCUCCUGGAAAGGAUUGGCAGUGUGGUUUCUGCACCUAUAUCAAUAAUUCACUGUUAUCUUAUUGUGAAAUGUGUGAGAAUCCUCAAGGCAGUGCUGACAGCCUCAACCAUAUCCAGGACAAAAACAAAAAUGAAGAAGAUGAUUCUCAAAUAGACAUCUCCAAAAAAGUACAAGCUAGCUUAGACUGUGACAAACAAGUGAUUGCACAGUCUGAACCUAACCAGUUGGCUAAUAGCAAGGAAGAAAUGUCAGAAGUUAGGAGGGAAGACAGGCUCACAGCCCAAUCAGAUAAUGAGCAGUUGAAGAGUUCAGACAUUCUGCCAGUAUAUGAUACCUUAAUGUUUUGUGCAAGUAAGAAUACUGACCGGAUUCACCUCUAUACUAAGGAUGGAAAACAGAUGAACUGUAAUUUCAUUCCUUUGGAUAUAAAAUUAGACCUUUGGGAAGACUUACCAACAAGUUUUCAACUGAAACAGAAUCGCUCACUGAUUUUGCGGUUUGUUCGAGAAUGGAGUAGUCUAACUUCCAUGAAGCAAAGGAUAAUAAGAAAAAGUGGGCAGUUAUUUUGCAGCCCCAUCCUUGCUUUGGAAGAGAUCACAAAGCAACAAAACAAACUAAAUAGUACCAAACGAUAUAUAACCAAAGAAGAUGUUGCUAUAGCCUCGAUGGACAAGAUGAAGAAUGAUGGGGGCCAUGUCCGUCUGAUCACAAAGAAGUCUGGGCCGUGUGUCUAUUCCACAAAAAACCUUCUUGAAGAUGGAUCCUGUGUCCCACUUCCAAAUCCCUCCACAGCACCAGCUGAUCUCAGUAUAGCCAAAGGCUAUUUGCAAGCUGUGGAUAAUGAAGGAAAUCCUCUUUGCCUUCACUGUCAGCAUCCCACUUUCCAAACUAAGCAAGAGUGUAAAGCAAAUGCUUGGGAUUCACGGUUUUGCUCCCUGAAAUGUCAGGAAGAAUUUUGGAUUCGAUCUGAUAACAGUUAUAUGCGAGCCAAAGUAUUUGAAAUUGAACAUGGUGUGUGUCAGCUAUGUAAUGUGAAUGCACAAGAACUCUUUUUAUGUCUGAGAGAUGCACCUUUAAGCCACAGGAAGAAUCUUCUGGAUGCUACCUGGACCUCAAAGCUCCCAUUGGAACAGCUAAAUGAAAUGAUAAGAAACCCGAAGGAAGGACAUUUCUGGCAGGUGGAUCAUAUCAAGCCAGUGUACAAGGGAGGGGGACAGUGCACCCUAAACAACCUGCAGACUCUCUGCACAGUCUGUCACAAAGAGAAAACUGCUAAACAAGCCAAGGAAAGAAGCCAGAUGAGAAGACAAUCUCUAGCAUCAAAACAUGGAUCAGAUAUAACACGAUUUUUGGUAAAGAAGUAAAGUAGGAAAAAAUAUAUGAAUGGAUGACAAAUUGUCUACAUGUGGAAGAAUUUUUUUUAAUAUUUACUUUUUAGUUUUUUUAGGUGGACGCAAUUAUCUUUAUUUUUAUGUGGUGCUGAGGAUCGAACCCAGUGCCUCAUGCAUGCCAGGCAAGCAUGCUACCACUUGAGCCACAUCCCCAACUCCACAUGUGGAAGAAUUUAAUUUAAAAAAAUUUAUGUCUGUCUGAUAUUUUCAGAGUGAAAAUUUUAGAACAUAAAUCAAGAAUUUAAAUUCUGGUUUUAUGCUAAAAUACUUUUAGUGUUAAAUACUUUUUGAAAGUACUUAACCAGAAACUUAAAUAUAAUGCUAAAUAUUUCCGUGGUAUUAUAUGACUUUAUUUCUCAAUUAUGUUUCACCAAGAUUUUGCUAGCUUUUGUUUCUCCUGCAAUAUGCCUUAAUCACUGUAUUUAACAUAGAUAAGUGUUUUAAAAAUAUACUUUUAAUUACCUGAAAAAUGCUCUUCUUGACUACUAUUGGUUCUGGACUAUCAUAGGUGUAAAUGGAAUACUGCAAAACAAUAAAAGACAAUUUCAGAGGUAAACCAUCAUAAUUUAGGAAUUCUGAGCCAAGCAUGACCAAUCUACUUAGUAUGCAAAAGAGACUUAUUCAUUAAAUGCCUCCAAAAUAGGGCUAAGGAAUAUAUUUUGGCUUUACCAUUUUUGCUUUAUCUCUCAGACAGUCAUCUUUAUUAAAAACAUAACUUUUAAAAAUAAGCUAAUCAUAUUUAAUAAUGUUUGUGGAUUAUUUGGGUAUUCUGGGUAACUGUUAAAACUAAUAAACAACUGAAAACAUAAAUGCCCCUUAAGCCUAAUUUUUUAAGGUUUUUUUGUUGUUGUUGCUUUUAUUUUUAGCAUGUAUAACUAAACUUAUUGUCAAAUACCCUUUCGUUCUUGAUUUUCAUUUUUGGUUUUUUAAAUCUGUAUUGUUAAAAGUAUAUUUCUGGUACAUCUUUUAAAAAGAAUAAUUAUAAAACACUUUCUAUUAAAGCAUAAUUGGAUGAUUAUAUGUAUUUAAAAAUAUAAUGAUAAUAUUAAAAUGUAAUUGACAUUAGAAGCAGUGAUAAUGAAACAAACACAGGGCCUAAUCCCACUAUAUAUCAUAAUUGUAAGAGGAACAAGUUAGAACCACACAAACUACAGGUUCAAGGAAGCAUUACAUUCCCCAAAAGCACCUGUUUGUAAAUACCACUUGGAUAUAAACAUCAUUAUUUUAGCAUUUACCAAUUUUAAUUAGUAGAUGUCCUUUUAAAACUUGUUUUUAGAAAAAAUAUACAAUCAUGAAUUUA